AUGGAUCUGAAACCGGAAAACGAUCUACUAGCUCUGGGCGGUCGACGUUUUGCCUCUAACCUUCCAACGUGUGAUACGGCCUCUCUGAUUAUUUCUGGUAUUCAGGCGCGAUAUACCGGGGUGUUACCACAAGUGAAUGUGCUUCUCACGGAUACGACAAGUUUCGAGCUUGUGAAACUGCGUGUUACACCUACGGCUACCGGAUCACAAGUGUUCACACUCCCCUCAACUUGGUCUAUGCAGCCGGGCGAUCGGAUUGGCAUGCUUUUCAGCUCGACCGUCAGCCCGGUUGCUUGCACCGAUCUGACCGUGGGAACAGGCGAUUUGAUCAGCACAACAGUGACCACGUUGAAUCCAGCCGACACGAUCGCAAGCACUUCGUUAACUCGAAGUAAAAAGAUCGCUCAGAUAACUGCUUGGAGUACAAUAAAACGGGACCUCCAGAUUUCCGGGAAAAUGUCUCGCCCCGGGUUACAAACGAUCACACUGAGUCUGUAUUCCUUUCGUCUGAAAAAUUCACCGUUUACACUGACACGCGAUAUUGUCGUUGGUGUCGGAUUCAAUAAAACCAAACUUGUGCAAAAUGAUUUCCUCGUGUCCACCGAAGCCACGCUUGCUCUUUUCCCCCAUUCAGGUGUGGCCGAUCAGUAUGUGUGGGAUUUCGGUGAUUCAACACCGAAAAAUAUCACCACCACUCGAACAGUGACACACACGUACACAGCAGUGGGAGACUACAACGUCAUCGUCAACAUGUCCAAUGCGGCCGGUUUUCUGGUUGUAACUGACACUGUUUCCAUUAGUCAACCAUUGGAUUUCCGGGGCAUCACAGUUCAGGACGCCACGGUCAGUGUAGCGACAGAAAUUCAACUGCAAAUCACCAAUGUGGAUAAAGUCACUUGCCUGUGGACAAUUGACAACCAAAACGUGUGUUCCGGUGAGACGCAAACUUGUCAGCACACCUACAGUUCCCCGGGGUUGUAUCACAUCCAGGUGAACUGCACCAAUAAAGUGAACACCAUCAGUCGAAGUGUAGUACAGAGAGCAAUUAGUCCCAUUCAAGGUCUGGCAAUUUCCACACUCAGCUUUCCAGUGGGUAAACAGCAGUCUGUGAUAUUCGUUUUCACUAAUGGUUCUAACAUGGCGGCCUCACUUCAAAUUAACGAGGUUGUGAUACCGACCACGAUCGACUACAACGCCCGCGAAAUUCGCUCCGAACCACUUGAUGCUGAGUUACCGAGAGUUUUUAACUAUUCCUUGGAUGUCACCAACCCUUUGAGUACAAAAAACGUGAAAGGUAUUGCCGCAUUUGAUAUUCCUGUCGCAUCUAUGAAAGUGCGCGUGAAUCCAAGUAUGGCCGACGUGAAUCAACAGAUAACCUUAGAAGUUACAUUUGAUCAGGGUACUGGUAUCAACGUGACGGUGGACUGGGGUGAUGGUGGUAAAACUGAAAAUCAGGGAGCCAAAUCGACUGAACCGUGGAUACAAUUGACUCCAUUUAUGAAGCAGUAUACGCAAACUGGCCAGUACACGGUCACAGUGACUGCCCAAUCCGGGCAGAGUACUUUAACGACCACGCAAGUGAUCAGUAUUUCUGGUGACCUUGGGGAGUACAAAGUCAGCCCGAGCAGUACUGCAGCACCCUUGAACCAGGCAUUCUCGAUCCGAUUGGACAGAACCAGUGGGAUGUUGGCAGUGAUGACCACCAUCAUCAUCGACUGGGGUGAUCAGAGCGAACCACUUACGGAUCAGUUUGACGAACAAAAAUCGUACUCACAUGUGUAUUCGACAGAGAUGAGCACAACCAUAGUAAUCACUCUGAAGAAUUCAAAAGGGACCAAAACUCUAAAUCAAGCAAUUACUGUGCGAAAAGCGAUCGAGAACUUUGGCUGUAUAUUCAGUCCAAAUCCAGCGCUCGUGAGUCAGCAGGUAUCAUUCACCAUUUCGAUGCAAACAGCCAUCGAAGUCCAACUACAAACCACAUUCGAUACCGGUCAACCAUUCACUUCAGUGUCGCUACCAGUUGCGAGUACUCAAGUGCAAAAUUACACGUAUCCCAAAGCGGGAACCCGUGAAGUUGUUAUCAACGCGGUGCACCCUACGGGAAACAAAACCUGCACCAUGGCUGUGGAUGUUCAAAAACCAAUAGCCUCGAUGAAUGUUGCUUAUGAGCCGAUCAAAGAAAGUGCUUCAGGUACCACGUCUGUGACGAUAUCAUUCUCUGGCACAGCGGAUCAGUUUCCUACAUCGCCUAAGUACAUAAUCGAUUGGGGUGACGGUAAAGAAGCCAACCGAGGAUUGCUAAGCUUCGCAGAUAUGCCUCUGAAUGUGUCACGCACGUUGUCUCAGAUGCGACUCUACAAAGUGAAUGUGACAAUUUUUAAUGGCGUCAAUAAAAUCGAGAAAAUAGGUGAAGUUGGUGUUUUUAGACGCAUCCUAACAGUGGAUCUGACGUUGACGAUUAACGCUACCGGUCAACCGGGAUACGGUUGUAAUAGUGAUCGGUUCCCUGCUGGAGUCGCAGUAAAACUCACAGUGCUAGCGGACGGGGCCUCGGAUAAUGUGGCACAAACCACAUUUACCAUAACAUAUUUGACUAGUGGCAAUACAGUUUCUCUGGCACCGGUAUCAUCUAAUUAUCAAGUUUUCACCUUUACCGAGCAAGGGCUGGUGCAAAUUAAUGCAACCGGUUCCAAUCCGAUCUCCUCGGCAAUGCGAACAAAAACUAUUACGGUACCAACAACCCUGCGUGGCCUACAGCUGUCUGUUCCGACUACAGUCUUUCAGCCACUUGUGGAAGGCACGUUGCGUAUCACGUUCGAUGCGAUUUCAAGUGAUACGUGUAUCUGUGUAUCGAAAUCGGACAGUAUGGGAUAUUUGGUUAUCCCAGCCGAUGGUCAGAAACCUCAAAGUUGUUCACUGUGUCCAAAUAAUAAACUAUUUAUCCAAAGGCCAAUUAAAAAUGUCUUGACUAUUCCCGUCAGAUAUGAUGCAGUCGGGAGCGAUCUGAUCACGGUCGAAGCGAGAAAUCCGUUUGCCUCGGUUUCGAAUAGCUUGUUUGUGACAAUUACGGCACAGCAGUGUUCUCAACCGGAGCUCAUUUUUGCACAAACAGGGAUUGAAUUUCCCAAUACUCCACUAAUGGUACAAGACGAUCGACCGACUACUAUACAGGCUCGUCUGAGCACAAGUAACUGUGUGCUGGGAAGACAAAACAGUAUGAAUUGGACAUUACAAGAGAUCGAUCCAGACACAUUGCGUUCGAUAAAGGAAAUUGACAUCUCCACUUUGCCCAACGUGCAAACCAUGACUUUAGUCAUUCCGUCCAGUUUACUUGGACCAGGUGAAUAUGCGGCUAACAUAUAUGUGUCCACACAAAGCUCCCAAGAUCCUGCACCAAUCGUAAUUAAAAAGACAGCCUAUUUGAGCAAACUCGCGCCCUCAUUGAUUGUACAAUUUGACGAGGGCAAUCCCAUCUCCAUCAGCGUUGGUUUGGAUAAACCGGUGAUCUGUUUUGAUCCGCAGUCACAUUCCAGCGACCCGGUGAUCGGGGACCGGAAUAUGCCACAGGUAAGCACAGCUAAUAGCAUCAGCAAUAUUUCCCCUUGUUGA